AUGUCUAAUAUCUUCCAAGGUGAAUCCAAGGGAGAAAUAGCCACUUUAAGAGAUCAACUAGAUGGAAACGAUCCAUACAAGCGCGAACAGGCUGCAAAAAAGUGCGUUGCUUUGAUGCGAGCUGGAGAAAAUGUUCAAUCUCUUUUUGCUUCAAUGCUUCGCUGCGUAAAAACCCCAGACAUUAAACUUAAGCGUCUUACAUAUUUAUAUCUCGUUCAAUAUUCAACUCAAGAACCCGAACAAGCGAUUAUGGCUGUAAAUACCUUUAUUCAAGACUGUUCUGAUCCAAAUCCUAUUGUACGUGCACUCGCAAUUCGUACUAUGGCAAGAAUCAAACUAGAAAAUGUUGCUGAGCACAUGAUUGCUCCUUUGAAAAAGGCUUUGACUGAUUUUGACCCAUAUGUUAGAAAAACAGCUGUUUUCAGUGUUGCCCAACUUUACGAUUUUGUUCCAGAGGCUAUUGAAAAUGCCGGUCUUUUUAAUGAUUUAUUAAAGUUAUUAAAAGAUGAUAAUCCUAUGGUUGUCUCAAAUACAACUGCAGCCAUCAUCGAAAUUAAUGAACGUCGUACAACACCGAUCUUCAAUUUAGAUUCCGAUACAAUUGGCCCAAUUUUGUCUGCUAUCAGCUCCUGCUCCGAAAACUGCCAGACAAUCUUGCUUGAUGCCUUAGCCAAAUACGCUCCAGCUUCAAGCGAAGAUGCUCCCUUCUUAAUUGAUCGUCUUAUUCCUUUCUUGAAACAUUCCAACCCCGCUGUUGUCAUUGGCGCCUUCAAAUGCAUCUUCCAAUUCAUGGAUCAUGACAAGCGUAAUCCCAACGAGCUCUUACCACAAAUUAUUCCACCUUUCAUUACAUUAGUCACUUCAUCCGAAUAUGAAGUACAAUACGUCAUCUUAAGAACACUCUCUUUAUUCGUACUUAAGUAUCCUAAGGCACUUUCCAAGGAAAUCCGCGUUUUCUUCUGCAAAUACAACGAUCCUUCUUAUAUCAAGAUGGAAAAGCUCGAUAUCAUCGUAACUAUCUGCAGACAAUCUACAGCACAACUCGUUCUCAACGAGCUCCAAGAGUACAGCAAUUCCGUUGAUGUUGCUUUCGUUCAGAAAUCCAUCAAAUGCAUCGGCCAAAUUGCCAUUAAGAUCGAAGCAGCUGCAUGUCGUUGUGUGGAUAUCCUUGUAGGACUCGUACAGGGCAAAGCCGAUUACGCUCUUGAAGAAUCCAUCAUCGUCAUGACGGAUAUCCUCAGAAAGUACCCAGGAGUCUUCGAAAGCGUCAUUGGAACAGUUUGCCACGGUCUAGAGAACAUCAAAGCACCGCGAGCUAAAGCAGCCGGAAUCUGGAUUCUCGGUGAGUACUGCCACAUCAUCGAAAACGUCGAUAUGCUCCUUGAUCCAUACCUUGAUACAUUCCACGAUGAAGAAGCUCUCGUUCAGCUUCAAAUUCUCUCAUCAUUAGUCAAAGUUUACGUAGAAAGGCCGGAACAGACCAAAGACCAGCUCCAAUUCAUUCUCACAGAGGCUACAAAGGACGGAAAUGUUCCAGAUGUAAAGAAUAGAGCGUUAGUUUACUGGAGAUUGCUUUCAUCAGAAGCAUCUAUCGCAAAAGAUGUCGUUGUCUUCCCAAAGGACACUGUUUCCCACUCAGGUGUACAGUUCUCAGACGAUAUCCUCGAAGAACUCAUCAAAAAUAUGGGAACUGUAUCCGGAGUUUUACAUAUCGUCCCAGCUGACUUCGUAAGGAGAGUAAGAUUCGUCCCUGAGGAAGAUUCGGACAGCGAGGACGACAACUCCGCAAGAAACUGGCAUGCAACAAGAAUUUGGGUUAAUGGAGCACUCGGACCUGAAGGAUGCCAAUUCCUUGACUUGUACUCGGACUACGACCGUAGCAAUAUCUAUCUGAGAGUUGUUAAUAAGGUCGGAACUCCGAUUACGGGAUUCCAGUUCUUAAUUAACUCAAACGCCCUCGGAAUGACAAUUUCUGGACAGGCCAACUUCCCAGAAACCCUUGAAUUCGGCGCUGCUGAAGUCAAAGUUCCGAUCAAAUACGACCAAACAAAGAUUGACCCUUCAAAGGUACAAUUGCAGAUAGCAAUGAAUACCUCUAUGGGUCCAAUCUACGGAACAGAUAGCCUUCCUUUGGUUUGCGCAACUCAGGGAGAUGGAAAAAUUAAUGCAACGAACCAGGACUUACAGUUCAAGGAUCAGAUGACAUUAGAAGGUUGCACAGUUGCUAAGAACAAUGAAUUCGCAUCGAGAAAUAUCUUCGUGGUAGGAAGAAAUAAUAAUAUUACUCGUGUUACUUUUUCAACAACUGUUGGAGACUUUUUGUGCGAUUUACAACAAGAUAGAGGUAAUAUCAAUAUCCUGAUUAAUGGUUCUAACCAGCAAUCGCUUCCUCUUGUCAAAGCUUCUGCUCGCGAGUUGUUCUCUUCUUACUAA